AAAAUGACAGCAAGACUUCAAAGAACAACCCUUGGUUUGGCCUUCUUUGGCCUCUUUGGGGUCCUGGAGGCAGCAACAAUAGCGUGCAAAAAUGAAGAUGGCGAAGCCGUGGACUGGUUUAUUUUCUAUAAGUUACCCAAAAGGCAAAACAAGGACAGCAGAGAGCCUGGGCUAGAGUACCUUUACCUAGACUCCACAAUUAGAAGCUGGAGGAGGAGUGAACAGCUAAUAAAUGCCACCAAGAGUGCUUUGGGAAGGACUUUACAACAGCUGCACGAAGCCUAUGCUUCCAAGAGUAACAACACAGCCUAUCUACUAUACAAUGAUGGAGGCCCUAAAUCUUUGGGUUACAGCAGAAACUUUGGCCACACCAAAGGUUUACUGCUGUGGAGCAAAAUCCAGGGAUUCUGGCUGAUUCAUUCUAUUCCCCGAUUUCCUCCACUUCCUGAAGAAGGCUAUGAUUAUCCAUCCACAGGAAGACGGAAUGGACAAAGUGGCAUCUGUAUCACUUUCAAAUAUAACCAGUAUGAAACAAUAGAUUCUCAGCUCUUGGUCUGCAACCCAAACAUCUAUGGUUGUUCCAUCCCGGCCACCUUUCACCAGGAGCUCAUCCACAUGCCCCAGCUGUGCACCAGGUCCGGCCCAUCUGAGAUCCCAGUCCGGUACCUUACCACACUUCAGUCAGCCCAAGGAGAAAGCUUCCUCCAUUUUGCAAAAUCCGAUUCAUUUCCGGAUGACAUCUUGGCAGGCUGGAUGGCUCAACAGUUAAGGACACACUUGCUAACAGAAACCUGGCAGCGAAAGAGACAAGAGCUUCCUUCAAACUGCUCCCUUCCUUACCAUGUCUACAAUAUCAAAGCCAUUAAAAUAUCUCGACAGAGUCAUUUCAGUUCUUACCAGGACCACGCCAAAUGGUGCAUUUCCCAAAAGGGCACUAACAAUCGCUGGACAUGUAUUGGAGACCUAAAUCGGAGCCAGCAGCAAGCCUUCAGAAGCGGAGGAUUCAUUUGUACCCAGAAUCGGAAUAUUUAUCAAGCAUUUCAAAAACUAGUUUUGUAUUAUGAGGACUGUGACUAA